AUGGCUUUCGCGUUUGCGUGGCAUGUUGCCACGACUAUUGGCACUAGUGUCUUGGUAAAUCAGCAUUUGAAAGAGCCUUAUAUGGAUGAAAUUUUUCAUACACCCCAGUUUAUUCGGUAUUGCCAGGGACAAUGGAAUAAGUGGGACCCAAUGCUCACUACCCCACCAGGGCCGUAUUUGGUCACACUCGCGCUGCGUCCCUUCAUGCAAGUGUUAGGUUUUUUCCGUGCAUGUGAUGAUGUUAUGGCCAUUCGUUCUACGAACGUUUUAGCCUUAUUGAGCCUGCCACUACUAUGUAUGGGGGUCUUACGAGCGCGGGGAUGCUCAGAUCCUGGCUUCGUCCCUUACAUCUGUGCCUCUCUUCCUCCCCUCUGGUUUUUUGGAUUCUUGUAUUACACUGACGUGCUGAGUGUAAUCGCCAUUAUCGCGUCUGUUGGUGCUAUGGAACGGAAACAUCAUGUACAAGCUUCACUAUGGGGUUCUGCUGCGCUCUUCUUUCGUCAGACCAACAUUGUUUGGGUAUUAUUUAUCAUGGGUGUGGCCGCACUUCGAGAAUGUCAACGCGUUGCUGGAGUUUCUCCUCGGAUAACGCCACCUAUAACAACUUUAUUGGUCCAGCGCUCUGUAUGGAUGCGCAUCAUACGUACCGUGUCACCCUACGUGCCCAUCUUCCCUGCAUUUAUGCUGUUCAUUCAGUGGAACGAUGGAGCCAUUGUAUUAGGCGAUAAAAGUCACCAUCAGGUGGCGCUGCAUCUAGCGCAAGUGGGCUACUUUUUUGGAUUCGCCCUGACAUUUGGGUGGCCUCUCAUUUUCUUUUUAGUACCCAUGCGUUGGGGAAAAGUGCAUGCAAUGGUGAGCGUUGUACUGCUGACUAUGGGCGUCUUGGCCGUACGUUACGGCACUAUCGUGCAUCCAUUUCUGCUCGCCGAUAACCGUCAUUAUACCUUUUACGUAUGGCGACGCAUCAUUAAUGCACGUUUAUGGACCCGAUAUGCCCUCGUACCUGUGUACGUGUUCAGUGCCAUGUCAUUCGUGCGCAUACUCUCGAAAAAACAGAGCGGCCUUUGGAUUCUCGGUUGGCUUCUCGCAACGUGUCUCACACUUGUUCCAUCACCAUUAAUCGAGCCACGCUACCUGAUCUUGCCCUAUCUAAUGAUGCGAUUAUACAUGCCAACCACCACGCGAAAGCAAGAGAUAAUAGAAUGGGUCUUUUACAUGAUGGUGAAUGCCUUGACGAUGACUCUUUUUAUUGGAUACCCCUUUACUUGGGCGCAUGAACCAGGGACGCAGCGGUUUAUGUGGUGA